AUUCUGACAGAGUAGAUGUCUACUUUAGGCGAUAAACAUUUUAACGUUGAUGGGGAGACGUGGUGGGCCUUGCUGCUGCUGUCCUUGUUACCUGUGGUCCGGCCCUUCUAUGUUCCCGGAGUCGCUCCCCGGGACUUCCAUGAGGGUGACACAGUAGAUAUUAAGGCAGUGAAGCUGACCAGCUCCCGUACCCAGCUUCCUUAUGAAUACUACUCCCUGCCUUUCUGUAAGCCGGAAUCUGUUUUUUACAAGGGAGAGAACCUGGGUGAGGUUUUACGUGGGGACCGUAUUGUGAAUACACGUUACAAUGUUGAGAUGAGCAGGGACAAGAAAUGUGAGAUGGUGUGCAGCAAGAAAAAGCUCAGCGUGGAAGAGAGCAAGCUGAUUGCUGAGCGAAUCCAGGAAGAGUAUUAUGUUCACCUUAUUGCAGAUAACCUGCCAGUUGCCACCAGGUUAGAGUUUUACCCCAACAGAGAGGCAGGAGUGGAGGAGGAGCAGAAGAAGGACGUGGUGAGAGAUGUCCAGUUUGAGCAUGGCUACAGACUGGGCUUUGUCGACAACAACAAGUUUUAUCUGCACAACCACCUUUCCUUCAUCCUGUACUUCCACAAGGAGAAAUUGGAGGAGGGGCAAGUUCACAACUACAGGGUGGUGCGAUUUGAGGUUGUACCCCAAAGUGUAAAAGUUGAUGAUCUGAAAGCUGUGGAAAGUGACAAGACUUGCACCUUGCCUGAGGCCAGUGGCUCUGCCCCGCAGGAGAUUGACCCGACCAGAGAGAACGAGGUCCUCUUCACCUACUCUGUCCACUGGCAGGAGAGCGAGGUGAAGUGGGCGUCUCGGUGGGACACGUACCUGACCAUGAGCGACGUCCAGAUUCACUGGUUCUCCAUUGUCAACUCUGUGGUGGUUGUCUUCUUCCUGUCUGGUAUUCUGAGUAUGAUCAUUAUCAGGACCUUGAGGAAGGACAUUGCUAACUACAACAGAGAGGAUGACAUAGAGGACACCAUGGAGGAGUCAGGAUGGAAGAAUGUCCAUGGUGACGUCUUCAGGCCGCCUCAGUAUCCCAUGAUCCUCAGCUCUCUGCUGGGCUCAGGGAUCCAGCUUUUUUGCAUGAUCCUCAUUGUCAUCUUUGUUGCCAUGUUGGGCAUGUUGUCUCCGUCCAGUAGAGGAGCCUUGAUGACCACUGCUUGCUUCCUCUUCAUGUUCAUGGGUGUAUUUGGUGGCUACUUUGCUGGCAGACUGUACCGCACCCUUAAGGGCCAUCGGUGGAGAAAAGGUGCAUUUUGUACAGCAACUUUGUAUCCUGCAGUGGUUUUUGGAAUCUGCUUCAUCCUCAACUGUUUCAUCUGGGGUGAACACUCCUCCGGGGCGGUUCCCUUCACCACCAUGCUGGCCCUGCUGUGUAUGUGGUUCGGUAUCUCCAUGCCCUUGGUCUACCUGGGCUACUACUUUGGCUUCCGCAAACAGCCGUAUGAUAACCCAGUACGCACCAAUCAGAUCCCUCGGCAGGUCCCAGAGCAGCGCUGGUACAUGAACAAGUUUGUAGGAAUCCUGAUGGCUGGGAUCCUGCCAUUUGGUGCCAUGUUCAUCGAGCUCUUCUUCAUUUUCAGUGCCAUCUGGGAGAAUCAGUUCUAUUACCUCUUUGGCUUCCUGUUCCUGGUCUUCAUCAUCUUAGUGGUCUCCUGCUCUCAGAUCAGCAUAGUCAUGGUUUAUUUCCAGCUGUGUGCAGAGGACUACCGGUGGUGGUGGAGGACUUUCCUGGUUUCAGGAGGCUCAGCGUUCUACGUUCUCAUUUAUGCCGUCUUCUAUUUUGUCAACAAGCUGGAUAUUGUGGAAUUCAUCCCCUCCCUCUUGUAUUUCGGCUAUACGGCCCUGAUGGUCCUGUCGUUCUGGCUGCUAACAGGCACGAUUGGCUUCUACGCAGCCUACAUGUUCAUCAGGAAAAUCUACGCUGCGGUCAAGAUCGACUGAGUCGUCACUGUCGCUGCUGUUCUCGUUGUUAUUGGUUUGUUUUUGUUUUGGGGUUCUUUUUGUUCACAUUCUGUUUUUUAAUGUAUAUAUUUUUUAUUCUUCAUGUCCAACAAGCACUGACUUGUGUGUUGAGGGAACGAGAGGGUGGCUUUUACGGCGCAACAGCCCCACCCACUGGCCUCAUGCGGAAGAACAGCAAGGUGCCAGAGCUAAACCAGCUGUUUCUCCCUUUCCUUCUCCCCCUCGCUUCUGUCCCCCCCUCCUUUUUCCAGGACAGACGCCCAGAGGGAAUUCCCCUCUGAUGGGACAGUUAAUGUCUUCUGCUGUUUCACCUUUCACACACAACACAGUGGGCCAAAGCUUGUCAAACGAUGGUUUCUGCACAUUUUCGUUUUGUCUUUUCAUUUGUGUUAUGAGUCUAACUUAACUAGGUUUUUAUUUUUGUCAUCGCAGGAUUUAUCUCUGUCUUAAUUUCUUUCAGUCGUCUUCUGGGAAGUUGUUUUCAUCUGAUUUCCUUACAUAAAUUCUGUCUUUACUCUUUCCAUUGUCUGUUUUCAAAUGUGACUUUGGUUUCAUUUCAGAGACUUUGGAGAUCAGGGAAUGAGUCUAAAUGUGGUUACGGUGUUAACUUUGUUGUGAUGAACUGAUGGAUGGAAAUUAUGCUGGGAAGUUCUACAUUGUAACACAAGAAAGGUUAAAUUAAAUGUUCUAUUAUUUUUUACUCCAGUUUCCAUGUCCUGGUGUGACCAUGUUAACCACAACUGUAUUCAAAAUAUUAGCUUCUCCUUCCAAAACAAUGGCUCUCCUAUUAAUGUCAAAAUAUUGGUUCAUUUGCUCUAAAUGAUACAGAACAGCCCUAAAUGGGACUAUGAACCCGAUGCCCUAAAGUAAUGGACUGAAGCCACUGCAGAUGGAGAAAAGGAAAGGCUACAGUCAACACAGAAAUGACAAGGCGGAGCAACCUUGUGUAUUUGGAAGUCUACAACACAAAUUUGUGUUUGAAGCUUUUCCAGUAGAAACGUACAAAAAAAGUUUUUCCGCACAUUAACCAUGCCGUCAGUGUAGCCUUAGCAGUGCCGGAUCCCUGCUGAACUAUGCAGUACUGGAAAGAGAGUGCAAAAUUGCUGUUUGUUUCAAAGGACCAUUUUUGUUGAGAAAUGUAUGAUACAUUUUUGUGUAUAAUAUAAAAAAAAAAAGAUUUUUGAAAGCCAGCAAGAUCACCUCUGUGUUUCUACCAGUAGUGGUAGAUAUCAUUUUGACAGUGCUUGGGUGUCAUGGAAUGAAGAGCAUUGAAAUGUAAUCCGCAGUGUUCUUAUGAGAUCUGUACAGUCAAUGUUUUUGUGUAGACUGAUACACUUACUCUUGAAUAACAGCUCAUGUUUUUCCCUUUCUUUUUAAUGACAUUUUUAGGCUUACAAAAGUGUGGUUCUAUUUGUGUUUCAUCCAAUGUUUUUGCUAAAAAAGGCAUUUUGAACCUGAUUAAAAAUGUUGCUUGACAAGCAACUGAAGCUAAGUGCUUCCCAUAGACAACCAAUGUAUUUUACUGUAGCUAAAUUACACAAUAUAUAUUAAUUAAAUGGCACAAUAAUCAUAACAUUAAAGCUGCCUGCCUCGGUCAGUCCAAAAUCUGUCCCAGCCAACUGUUUCCCAUCUUGAUGCUGAGCUAACCAGUUGUUGGAGGUAGCUUCAUAUUUAGUGUCCAUCUAACUCUCAGCAAGAGAGCAGUUGAGCGCAUUUCCCAAAGCGACAAACUAUUCCUUUAAAGACAAGACAUACAGAUUGACCCUGACCCUGUUCUAUAUGUAUGCUUCCCUGUGAAAGAUAUGUCCAGCAGAACACUGGUAUAUAGUUUCAGUAAAGUUAAUGGUGGAUGGUAGGGGUCAGAUUUCAGCCCUAAGAGAAUACUCUGAAUACAAACAAGCAGCACAGACCUGAAAAGCUACAUUUUCAUUAUGCAUCAUGUGCUCCUUCUAGACAAAUAACUUUUAGGAUGAAUGGAAAGUAAACUCAUGGCAUGCAGGCCGCACUUUGAGCCAUCUGGGUAAAUAUUUAUUGGAUAUCACAGUUACAAUAUGAUUACCAUCAAAUUCUAGUGAAGAACUGAUGUGCUUCACUUGAUUGGUUUUUAAUGGCUGGCGUUUUUUGCACAGAAGUGAAGGUGAUGUGUUAGUGCAGGGCUGUACAGAGGAGGGACAGGUGCCUAGAUCAACCAUCAUUCUCCUGGUGCAAAACGAAUGAAUGACUUGUCCUCCUGUGCCCUCUCCUUCCUUCAUUAUAAUAAAGCCAACCCAACACUUGUUAAGCUAUGAAUGAUCUGCUUGAGGAGCGAGUUACCCCUGCUACUUGCCACACGACAGGACUGCUCUGUUAAGCUCCAGACAUUGCUGCCAUUCAAAUGAGUGUGCUCAUGUGCUGACCAUUACUUUUUCAUUUAUUUCCACUCGAACAGACACUCAGAUACCAUCUCCUAUUUACUGUACCACAUUCUGCCCCCUGUAUUAUGUCAAAGAGUUCCUGAGUUGUGACACUCGGCUGCUGUCUUAUGUAAGGACAGACAGACACUCCUCUGUGACUGUUGAAGUGCACAUGCCAGGGGAGAUUUUUUACAGCUAGACUUUUAAGAGGCCUGUGUCACGCGUGCGUAUGUAUGAUCGAGGGGUUUACAAUGUAAAUAAAAGAAAACAGCUUUGUAUUUGUUGCGUUUUGCUGUUUGUGGCGCUCUCUGUAAUGAUCCUGUCAUCGUUUUAGCCAAAAGCAUGAUGCUCAUGAUGACUUUCAACGGAACUUGUUUCUGUUAGUUUUCUCUUUUACAGAAUGUUACAAAAUGUACAGUGACAAAACAAUAAAGUUAAUGACAAGUUGAAUAUGAAAA